GCCAAGCUAAUCUAUUAUUUAUUUACGUUAACUUUUCUAUUUUACACGUUUUCUAUUCUUGUUUAGUAGUUAUCAUCACGUUUCAGUAGAAAGUGUCUGUAUCAUUUUUUAUAUAGCGUUUCACUCAAUAUGUUCCAUAAAUAUAGUUCUUCCGGGUUUCCGAGAAGGAAUUCGGUGUUUACAACUACUAAUUCGACGCUAAUGUACAGUUACGAAGGUUUACGGAUUGAGUUAUGACUGAAAGUUGCAUACGAUUUUUACGUCCGUUUUUUCGGCUAUCUCGUGCUUUAUGAGUAUUCUCUUUGUUUACACCUUGUUAGUAAUUUUUAUGCUCGUCAUUGUCAAUUAAAACGUUACGGGUUCGCGUGCAUCCUUUCCAACCUGCUGAAUGGCUGACAUAUGAGUGUCCUGUAAAAUUGUUUUCGAUAGUUUUAUCAAACAGUAUUGUCUCGCCAUGCAGCGCGCGGGUGGGAGCAGGGCCUGUGCGCCAUGAGCCACACUCCUAUAGGCGGCCACCCGCAAGGUUGGGAGCACAAGCUUGCAGACAGGUCGUCGCUGCCGCCGGCGUCAGGGGAGGAGAAGUGCAAAUCUCAGUCCAGACAUGUGUUCACUCAGCCACAUCUCUCUAAGGCGGGUAUGGCGGCGUGGCGCGAGGAGACGGAGGGCUCGUCGGGCAGCUCCGCGCGCUCGCCCGCCUCGCCGCCCUACAUCCGCUGGGCGCGCACGCUGCAUCACCUGCUCGAGGACGCGGAGGGGGUGCGCCUGUUCCGCAAGUUCGUGGGGGGCGCAGGGGGCCUGCACGUGGACAGGCUCAACUUCUACUUCGCCGUGCAGGGCCUGCGCCAGGAGACCGAGCCUGCCAAGAUACGCCAGGUCGUCUCCGCGAUAUACAAGUUUCUGCGCAAGUCUCAGCUAGCGAUGCCCGAGGAGCUAAAGCUGCGAGUGAAGCAAGGGCUCAAGGAUGGCGUCAACAUCGAGAAGACGAUCUUCGAUAAUAUGGAGCAGGAGGUGACGCGCGCCAUCACGGAGUCCACGUACCAGGCCUUCCUGCGCUCCGAGGCCUACGUGUCGUACGUGAGCGCGGCCACGCAGCCGCUGUCCUCGCCCGACGCGUCGCCGCCGCACUCGCGAGAGGUGUGCGCGGGCGGGCUGGCCACGCUGCACGAGGGCGAGGAGCUGUGCGCCGGCGCGCGCCUCACGCACGACGCGCUCAUCGCCACGCAGACGCGCCGCCUGCACUCCGACGUCGCGCCGCACCGCAAGCGCUCGGUGUACAGCGCGCACGUGUCGUACGCGGGGUACACGCCCGCCUCGCGCCAGGACUCCGAGCGCGCCAGCCUCAGCAGCGGCCGCACCGACAGCGACGCCGUGUCGCUCUCCGGCAGCAGCGUCGACGGCGCGUGCGCGCGCGUGUGUCGCGAGGCGCGGGAGGCGCGCGAGGGCCGGCGGGCGCGGCUCUACGGGCUGGACCGCCACGCCGUCAUCAACAAGGAGCAGGAGCCCGCCAUGGUGAUCCCGCGCACGCAGCGCGUGCAGGCGGAGCAGCUGCGCGUGCUGCCGCCGGCGGAGUUCGCGCCGCUGCUCAUCGAGAAGCUGGAGCGAGUCAAGCGCGACCAGGAGAACAAGGAGCGCCUCGAGAGGAGGCUCGCCGAGGGCGAGGGAGACGAGAUGUUGCCGCCGCAGCUGGUGGCGGCCGCCAUCCGCGAGAAACUGCACAUCGACGACGACAACGACCAGGACAUACUCGACCAACACGUGUCCCGCGUGUGGUCGGAGCGCACGCCGGGCGCGUCCCCCCCGGGCGGGCGGCGUGCGCGUGCGCGGCACGGCACGCACGGCUCGCACGGCUCGCACGGCUCACACGGCUCGCACGGCUCGCACGGGACGCACGGCUCACGGCGCGCACAGUCCGCGCUGUCGGCCGACUCAGGCCACUACGACGCGCCACCGGACUCACUGCAUCAUCCGCACUCGCUUACGAGAAGAUCGUUUUCAAAGAAGACCGUCACCGAGUUGACGGAUAGUGGCGUUUCGGUUGUCAGCGAGGGUACAACUAGUGCGGCGGGAGUCGAACCCCGCAUCCUCUUAUGGAUAGCGGAGGGUUCGGAGAGAAUGGAACGCAGGAAUUACCGGGAACUUUCUUCCCGGGGAUCUUCGGCUGAUCGCGAUGAGCAUCGACGGAGAGAAAAACAGGCGCAAAGAAGUCGUGCCGCGGGUGGUGGCGGCAGCACGGGCAGCAAGUCCAGCGCGAGCGGCGGCGACCACACCGUGGUGGUGGUCAGCUUCCUGGACGAGAGCGUGCCCUACCGGUUCAAGGUGCCCGCUGCGCCGCUCACUCUGCGCACUUUCAAGGACUAUUUGCCCAGGAAGGGCAACUAUAGAUACUUCUUUAAAACGGAGUGCGCAGACCUCGACAACACCGUGAUCCAGGAGGAAGUGAGCAACGACAACGACACGCUGCCCAUGUUCGAGGGGAAGGUCAUGGCGCGCGUCAAGAGCGUCGAGUGAGCCCGGGGAGUCGCCGAGUUCGCCCCCUAACCUAGCUAUGCUAUGCUAAUUCUACGCGUCGCCCUGGCUGUUCAUUUACUACUAUAAGCCUUAUCAUCAAAAACUUAGAGCGAUCCCAAAUCGAUCAUAGCCUAGGGUAGAAAUUACGAAACAAAAUCAAUACUGAGCGGCUCACGAGAUGCGCCAUCGUAACUAUCUCUAAAAUGUCGUUAAAUUGGUAUUGUAGACUUAAUAUUCGGAAUAUUAUAAUGAUUAUUAGAUUAAUACAAUGUUAUUAUUAUUUUUGAAUAAUUACUAGUGAAUGAGUAUAAAUUAUUUAAGAGUGACGUGCAUUUUCCAGUGUAUGAUGACUUUACUAUGAGUAAUGUGUGUGUAAUUAAAUAAUUAUCUCGUACAUUUAUUAUUUAAAAUGAAAUAACGUUCGUCCUGUGAACGAAACGACACCAGUAAGGGCAGCCAGGGUGACAUAGAUAUAUUGUAAAUUAUUUAUUAUAAAAAGAAAUAUAUGACGAUAGUAAUUACGGUAUAAAUAAAUACGGCGGAUACAAUGUAAAUUCUGUUCCUCAACGAUUUUAGCUUUUUAUUUUUAAUAUUACGUUUUACUUCAGCUAGUUGAGUACGCUUACUAUUGUACGAUAUAUUUUUAAAAUGCGAAUUUUUUAUGUGUCGUAUGCAAUUUUUUUUACUCUUAGUGUUUACUUGAAUGACUGCUUAGUUUGUACAUUUUUAAAUAAUAGAAUGUCAUGUGUUCCGUUUCAAUGUCUAUUAAAUAUGGAGAUAUCAUAUUUGGGAGUAUUGUUAAUUGUAUUGUAAGGGCAAAUUGUCGAAGAAGAUAUUGUAUAUUAUUGAACAAAAUUAAAAUCUAUUUCGUUUUUAAAGAGUUCUUUAAUGAAAAUUUAUUUCGUUAAUUAUUAUAUAUACAAAUAUCAGUAUCUUUUUCGUCGACUUGUGCAUCCGAAACUGUGUAGUAAUUAAAUCUUCCAUCAUAUGAAGGGAUCUCAAUGAAAUAUAUAAAAAAUAUAUUUUAAUGAAAUAAUGUAUAAGUGGACAGUAAAUAUCGUUUCCGUUCAACAGCUGUGAAUAGGACUUAUAUAUAACUCCAUUUUUGUUAUUGCCAGUCGCUGUACAGUUGACCGAGCCGGCUAUGUCAAUUAUUUAACAAUUUUUGUUAUUUCUAUAUAAAAAACGUUUGUAGGUGAUUAAAUACACUGACAUAGCGGCUUGUAAUAUUCUUAAUAAAUCAGACUGAGUUCCCUAUACCUUCGAGUGACAAUGACUAGUCCACACUCGCAACACUCGUAACUGCAUCGAAACUUCGCAUCAAUGUUUGUACUCUUAUCGGUUUCAAUGUAGCGACGAGUUUGCGAGUCGAGCGAAUAGUACUUAUUUCUCAUAAAAAUAAGACUUAAUUUAGCUUGUCACGUCCGGUCCACAGUAAGACGUUGAGUUGCCAGCAGUUGCGAGACGAGUGCACCUCUACUGCACAAUAUUGAGAAUAGGGUGCGUAAUCAUGUGCCUUCAAUGUUGAUAAAAUUUUUCAUAGUUGAUGCUUCUAAUUAGUUGUAAGUUAACAGUUGUAAAUAUAGAUGUAAUGCUACUUCAAUUCGAACACUUUAUUUUUUAAUUAUUUAAUUAAUUUUUAAUUUAUUGCCUAAGGUUGCGUCGCGGGUUGAGUGAGACCCGCCGGCUGAUAUCACGUAAGACCGUCCCGGACUCGUGUGGCGCGUGACUUGGUCGCUAGUUACUCGCUCCGUCUUCCUUAUUCUUGUAAUAUAUCAAUUUUAUUAUUUCAGUGUCUUUUGCACCGAAAAAUUAACGAAUUUUGGUUUUAACUUUAGAGUACAUUUCUCACUUUUACCCAAAUUAUGCGUAACACGAAGUCUGGGACAUCUGUGUCCAGAUAUAAGUAUAAAUGCGACAUAAACGACUGGCCUCCGCCAGUCGCGCCAAAUGUAUAAAUAGAUGAACUAUAUCGUUGUAAUUAUACAAUAAGGCACUUUCAGUACACUGUAGCGUCUAAAAGUACCUUAUCAAAAAUUAUGUACCAAAAAGUCCUUGUGGGCUCAAAUAUGUCGAAGUUAAAAUUGCUUGUUAAAAAUUGUAAAAAGUAUAAUGUUUUUCAAGUUUAGAGUGUAUACGAAUGUGGAAAUAAUCGAUUUGUAAUAAUAAAAUAAUUAGUAUUACCGACAACAAUGAUAAAUCGUGGUCGGAUCGACCUUUUGUCUAAUAGUAAAAGAGUUUCACUAAUCGGACUGUAUUAUUUUUUUAUCUAGCACAUGUAACAUUUAAAAAUAAACUGGAACUGUGCCAUAUA